AUGAGUCGCAAGUGUCUUGAGUUAAAGCGACUUGUGAUUGCACUGAGUGCUGCUUGUAAACAAGAUCAAAACGUGUUAAAGGACUCUGAACUCGUCGAUAGAUUGGAGAAAUAUGGGCAUGAGAUUACACGUGUUCGUCCAUUAAAUCUCAAGACGAGAUUGCCACGUCAUUCAAGGCACAAGAAGACGAGCAAAAAAAUUGAGGAAAAGAGUGAGAGUGAAAAGAAGAAAGCAACGGACGCGACGCCAAAGCGUCGGAAACUCUCAAUGGAUACAGAAACCAAGAGUGAGGAAGAUGCUCUAGAUUACAAUCACCAUUGUGACACGAUGUCCAUGUUUCCAUCGAUCGAACGACAGAAGAAACCGAAACGAGUGUGCACGGGAGAACGGUCUGGAUCUAUUCAGCACAGCAAUAAGAAGGCUGGGAGGUUGAUGGACUAUGCAACUGACGUCGUUGACUGCUAUCGACCGACGACAGUGGCAGUCGCGAUCAAUGCGAGUGAAGAAGCGAUCAUGGUGAACCCACUCAAGACACGACAGCAUGAUCACAUGCGUCGAUCCGUGUCACCGCAACAAAAGACUUUGCAUGCUGGACGUGUUGCUGCUGCUGCUUUGCCGUACAAACAACUGGAUCGUGCACCUUCUCCCAACAGUGUAGAUUUGUUAGAGUCCUCGGCUUCAACCAUGGCGUCAUACUAUGAUGACAUGUAUGACGAGUACGCUGCGUGUCCCGAAAUGAUGCAGAGUUACACUCGCUCGGCCUUUGAUCGUACAUCUUCCUUUGAGUCAAUGGACUGGACGCGAUCGGAUGAUGGCAGCAGUGACGAGUCCAUGCAAUUCCGAAGUAUUGCGGAUGAUGUAGGACAGAGACCCCUUGUGUCCAGAGUGGUGGCCCAGCGCUCGAUCCAUGCUGCUGGUACGCGGAUCAAUCAUUUGCAUCCGGAACACAGCACCGAAGCCUACUAUUUAACAGAAAAAAAUGAGCCCAUUGCUGGUUCAUCAUCUCAUGUCGCCUCUGUGACACAGAAACGCAACCCUCCUGUUGCACCUAGCUCGACGGAAGUCGUGAUGGAGGUUUUGUAUGGUAUCAUGGAGCACAAUGAGAACUUUAAGUGGCUGAUCGACCCAGUAAACCAGGCUCGUGUGGCCACGCUGGUCGAGUAUCACAUGAGAGCUAAACAAAACGAUGACGUGUCAACUCAAGCUUAUGAAGAUAAGCAGUUUGUAAGUGAAGUUCGGGCACACGUGGACAAGUUGAUACAUGAGAACUUGAAAAUGAAGACGGAGAAUCUACGGCUAAUGGGAAAAAGCUCGCAGUCUGCGGCUGUGGACAAGAAUGCUGAGGAACUUCAGAGGCGCCUCGCAAUGAGUGAGGAGGCUAUUAGCAUGCAGAAGGAAUAUCGUCGUGAAGCUGAGGCGACCUUCCAAAGGGAGCUUGAGACUAAGUCAAAGCUUGUGUCAAGUCUACAGCAUGACCUUGAAAAGAAGGACUUGCAGAUCGCCUCACUCUUAGAGAAUGGCGCUGAGUUGCGUGCGAAUGGCGAUAUGAAUCGUAAUCCAGAAGUCUGUAGCCUCAAAAACGCGAUGAUGGAAAAGAAUCGUGAGAUUUGCCGUCUCAACUUUCAGCUAUCGACGAAGCAAAAGCUUGUCGAUGAGAUUGCCAAGAAAGUCAUACAGCACAUGGGGACCACACUAAACAUUUCGUCUGGUGAGAUUCUUGCGACACUCGCGAAUGGUCUUCGUGUUGAUGUGGACAAGUUCCUGUAUGAGAGCUUAGCAAAAAAGCAGGAGACGAUUGAUGAGCUUAAGGCUGCUUUGUUGUCCAUGGAGCACGAAGUGAGUGGGUUAGAAGCUCGAGUGGCCAAGAAGGUGCGUGAUGCUUUACUGUUAAAGACAAAGUUCAAGUCAUUGUCCUCGCGCUUGACUGAGAGUAACGUGAACAUAUCUCGCGUUCAAGCAGAGAAUGAGUGUUUGGUGACGUCGUUGAAGGAAAAGCAAGGGAAAAUGCACGACCUUCUUGAGUUUUUGGAGGGAAAGGAAAAGCAAGUUAUGCAUUUGGAAGAGCAGGUGAAGCUAAGUCAGACGCAAUUGGAGCACGUAAUGACGGAGUAUGAGAAGAUGCAGCGCCAUCAGUUCGACAAGAAGAGCACGAGCGGUCAUCACCUGUCUCAUUGUAAGACAAAUGUGCACGCUCAGUAA